AUGAUUUUCCCUUUGAUCCCUGAACCCCCCCCCCCCCCCUCCCUGCCUUCUGUGUCCCCGCUCUACCUGAAGGCCUUGGGGACCAAGAGCACCAGUGGCAGUAUUGAGCCUUACCUCUCUGGGUUCAAAACCGGCGUUUUCUCAGGCAGAGUGCCCUCUCCUGCAGCAGCGUUUGCCCCUAGCCUGAGGAAGCAUCCCCAGGAGGGGGCUAUGCCCUCGCUGACAGCCUCCUCCAGUCAAGCGAAGGCCCUGCUGGCAAGCCUGUCAGCCUCUGGCCUCAGCGCCGAGGCCCUGCUCCUCUCUUCCACCCUCCGUCAUCACCGCCUUCUGCGUGAGCAGCGAGCCUCCUCCUUGCCCUUGCCCAGCAGCCAGUCCUCCUCCCCGACUCCCCCUGCUACCUCCUCCUCUGCUUCCUCUUCACCCACCACCCCGACUCCUUCUCUGUCUCCCUCCUCUCCCACCCCUUUCAGUUCCCUUGCCCUUCCUUUGGCGGUUCUCAAGCGCAGCACCUGUAGCCUUGACAAAGAGGGCGGCAGCGGGCCUGUGAAUAAGGACCUCACGCCUGCUGGCUCUCACUGA